AUGAAGAUAUCUCGAAUCACUGUUCUGUUGGCGACAACGUCUGUCGUUACAGCCAGCUAUUCCCUCACUUAUGCCGCGCUUAUCAACCCCAUCAAAGACGCCAUUUCCAAUGGUGUGGUUAAUGGUCGACACAGUGAUAUUCCUCUGACCCAGGCCCAGUCUGAAAUCUCUCAGUUCGUUCCCCUCAUUAUGAAUGAUGAUCUCCUCCCCGUCUUCGACAACGCGGUCGGUCUCGUUCUCAACCCCAAAUUCCCCGACCUAUUCCCUGGUUGGAUCAAUGACGUGAUUCAAGCCCUCGAUGAUUACGAAAAAAGUCCUGAUUUCGUACAGGCCACUGAGCUGCUGUCUAAGUUCCGAACUCACUAUGACUACCAUGAGGCUGUCAAUCAGGCUAGUAUCACUCUGAAUAGUGACGCCCCCGGAUGGGGAAUCUUGAAGGGUGCCGUCCUGGGUAUCUCUGAUAAGCCCGGUCCUUCCAAGGCCAUUGUCGAUGGUCUUUAUGCUGUCACUGGACUCAUUUGCACUCUUCAGCUGACCGAUGGUUCCGUCUGUGAUCCUUACAAGACUGAAGAACCUGCUACCUCUGUGGCGACGACUCCUGCUCCUGUGGAGACAACCCCGGCUCCUGUGGAGACAACCCCCGCUCCUGUGGAUACAACCCCUGCUCCUGUGGAGACAACCCCUGCUCCUGUGGAGACAACCCCUGCUCCUGUUCAUACAGCAACCUAUGUCCUCACCAAUAAGGGGCUUAUCAACCCCAUUAAAGACGCCAUUUCCAAUGGUGUGGUUAAUGGUCGACACAGUGACAUUCCUCUGACUCAGGCCCAGUCUGAAAUCUCUCAAUUCGUUCCUCUCAUUAUGAAUGAUGAUCUUCUUCCCAUUUUCGACAACGCCGUGGCUCUCCUUCUCAACCCCAAAUUCCCCGACCUGUUCCCAGGAUGGAUCAGUGAUGUCAUUCAGGCCCUCGAUAACUAUGAGCAUAGUCCGGACUUUACACUAGCCACUGAGCUACUGUCUAAGUUCCGAACUCACUAUGACUACCAUGAGGCUGUCAAUCAGGCCAGUAUCACCCUGAGUCGUGACGCUAUCGGAUGGGGAAUCUUGAAGGCUGCUGUCAUUUCUAUUUCCGAUCAGCCUGGUCCUUCCAAGGCCAUUGUCGAUGGUCUUUAUGCUGUCACUGGACUCAUUUGCACUCUCCAGCUGACUGAUGGUUCCGUUUGUGACCCAUACCAGACCUCGGCGCCUGCUCCUGUUCCUGUGCAGACAUCUGAGGCGGCACCUGUCGUAACAACUCCUACUUCUGCGAAGUCGACUGCCUCUGUCCCUGUUAUGUCAACCACCUCCAAGUCAUCUGCCUCAAAGACGACCACGUCUUCCAAGUCGACGACCUCUGCCACCUCUACCCCCUCUGCCUCUACCAAGUCCAGUGAGACUGUCCCCGCUCCUGCUCAUACAGCAACCUAUGUCCUCACCAAUAAGGGGCUUAUCAAUCCCAUUAAAGACGCCAUUUCCAAUGGUGUGGUUAAUGGUCGACACAGUGACAUUCCUCUGACUCAGGCCCAGUCUGAAAUCUCUCAAUUCGUUCCCCUCAUUAUGAAUGAUGAUCUUCUUCCCAUUUUCGACAACGCCGUGGCUCUCCUUCUCAACCCCAAAUUCCCUGACCUGUUCCCGGGAUGGAUCAGUGAUGUCAUUCAGGCCCUCGAUAACUAUGAGCAUAGUCCGGACUUCACACUAGCCACUGAGCUACUGUCUAAGUUCCGAACUCACUAUGACUACCAUGAGGCUGUCAAUCAGGCCAGUAUCACCCUGAGUCGUGACGCUAUCGGAUGGGGAAUCUUGAAGGCUGCUGUCAUUUCUAUUUCCGAUCAGCCUGGUCCUUCCAAGGCCAUUGUCGAUGGUCUUUAUGCUGUCACUGGACUCAUUUGCACUCUCCAGCUGACUGAUGGUUCCGUUUGUGACCCAUACCAGACCUCGGCGCCUGCUCCUGUUCCUGUGCAGACAUCUGAGGCGGCACCUGUCGUAACAACUCCUACUUCUGCGAAGUCGACUGCCUCUGUCCCUGUUAUGUCAACUACCUCCAAGUCAUCUGCCUCAAAGACGACCACGUCUUCCAAGUCGACUACCUCUGCCACUACCAAGUCCAGUGAGACUGUCCCCGCUCCUGCUCAUACAGCAACCUAUGUCCUCACCAAUAAGGCGCUUAUCAAUCCCAUUAAAGACGCCAUUUCCAAUGGUGUGGUUAAUGGUCGACACAGUGACAUUCCUCUGACUCAGGCCCAGUCUGAAAUCUCUCAAUUCGUUCCCCUCAUUAUGAAUGAUGAUCUUCUUCCCAUUUUCGACAACGCCGUGGCUCUCCUUCUCAACCCCAAAUUCCCUGACCUGUUCCCGGGAUGGAUCAGUGAUGUCAUUCAGGCCCUCGAUAACUAUGAGCAUAGUCCGGACUUUACACUAGCCACUGAGCUGCUGUCUAAGUUCCGAACUCACUAUGACUACCAUGAGGCUGUCAAUCAGGCCAGUAUCACCCUGAGUCGUGACGCUAUCGGAUGGGGAAUCUUGAAGGCUGCUGUCAUUUCUAUUUCCGAUCAGCCUGGUCCUUCCAAGGCCAUUGUCGAUGGUCUGUACGCUGUCACCGGCCUCAUUUGCACCCUCCAGCUCACCGAUGGCUCGGUUUGUGACCCAUACAAGACCUCGGAGCCUGCCCCUGUUCCUGUGCAGACAUCUGAGGCGGCACCUGUCGUAACAACUUCUGCUCUUGUGGAGUCCACUGCCUCUGCUCCAGCCAAGUCAACUACCUCUGCUAAGUCCACUGCCUCAACUUCUGCCAAGUCAACCACCUCUGCCAAGUCAACCACCUCUGCCAAGUCAACCACUUCUGCCAAGUCAACCACUUCUGCCAUGUCGACUACCUCUGCCUCUGCCAAGUCGAGUGAGCCUGCUCCUGUGUCCACCAAGACAGCCAGCUAUUCCCUCACUUAUGCUGCGCUUAUCAACCCCAUCAAAGACGCCAUUUCCAAUGGUGUUGUCAACGGUCGACACAGUGAUAUUCCUCUGACCCAGGCCCAGUCUGAAAUCGAUCAAUUCGUUCCCCUCAUUAUGAAUGAUGAUCUCCUUCCCGUCUUCGAUGACGCAGUCGCUCUCGUUCUUGACCCCAAUUUCCCUGACCUAUUCCCUGGUUGGAUCAGUGACGUCAUCCAGGCCCUCGAUGAUUAUGAACAUAGCCCCGACUUUGUUCAGGCUACUGAGCUGCUGUCCGUGUUCCGAACUCACUAUGACUACCAUGAGGCUGUCAAUCAGGCCAGUAUCACUCUGAAUCGUGACGCCCCCGGAUGGGGAAUCUUGAAGGCUGCCAUCCUGGGUAUCUCCGAUCUGCCUGGUCCAUCCAAGGCCAUUGUCGAUGGUCUGUACGCUGUUACGGGACUCAUUUGCACUCUCCAGCUGACUGAUGGUUCUGUUUGUGACCCUUACAAGACGGCACCUGUUACUGUGCCAGUGCAGACAUCUGAGGCAACAGUUGUUGAAACAACUCCUACUCCUGAGAUGUCAACUGAGUCUGUCCCUGCUAAGUCAACUGCCUCUGCUCCAGCCAAGUCAACCGAGCCUGUCCCUGUCCAGUCUGAGGAGUCCACCAAGACUGAAGAGUCUGUCAAGUCCGAGGACCCCAUUGCCACUGGACUCGGCUCCGAUGCUGAAUCUGCCACCGUUUCAGAGUCUCGUGGUCUCAGUAGUGAGUCUGCCUCUGCUUCUGCCUCUGUUUCUGCCUCUGUUUCUGCCUCUGUUUCUGCUUCUGCCCCUGCUGUUUCGUCUUCCGAUUUUGCUUCUGUGUCCAAGGCAGACACUGCCUCUGCGGUCUCGAAGGCUGAGUCCACCGACACUUCUCCUAGUGUAACCGCCUCUGUUUCUCAAGCUGGCUCCGUCUCUGCUGGGGCUGUUGUCGCAAGUUCUCAGAACCCGAUUCCCACCGUGUCAGGCAGUGCUGGUAACGCCUCCCCUAUGGUUACUUCCAGUGUGACUCUGACUGUGACACAGUGCGAGGCAGACCAUUGCAUCACCCCCAUCGUGUCUUACACCACUGUUGUGCCCGAGAAUGCUCCCUCCACUGUCAUCAAGACAGUCUGUGCCAAGUGUGAGGGCCAGACCAUCACCAUCACUGUUCCUUGUGCCCCUGAGCCCACUGAGUCCAAGAAGGGUGAUGAGCAUGGUGAAUCUUCCGCUAAGGCUGACUCUGGAUCUGGCAAGUCUGAUUCUGUAUCUGGAAAGGCUGACACCGGCUCUGGUUCCUCCGGCUCUGGCUCCUCUGGCUCUGGCUCUGGCUCUUCUGGCUCUGGCUCUUCUGGCUCUGGCUCUUCUGGCUCUGGCUCUUCUGGCUCUGGCUCCUCUGGCUCUGGCUCCUCUGGCUCUGGCUCCUCUGGCUCUGGUUCCUCCGGCUCUGGCUCCUCUGGCUCUGGCUCCUCUGGCUCUUCUGGUUCCUCUGGCUCUGGCUCCUCUGGCUCUUCUGGCUCUUCUGGCUCUUCUGACAAGGCCAACAAGUCCGGGGCCUCUGACAAGCCUGCCAACAGUGGCUCAGACAAACCUGCCAACAAUGGAUCUCCCCAGCCCAAGAACGCUCCUAUGCAGUCUGCUCAGUCCCCCAAGCCGGCCACUCCCGCUCAGCAGCCCUCCAAGCCCUCCAAGCCUGCCCAGGCGAACAGUGGCAACAAGUGGGCCAUUUCUGCUGGAGCUGUGCUUGCUGGAGUCGUGGCCUUUAUUGUUUAA